CAAUUGCAAAUCAUGAUAAAACGAUAAUACUUGCAAUUGCAUUAGAAAUUUUAUUGAUUUUGUGGGUGAACAUAAAUUUUAGCUUGCAAAAGUUUGGUGGUUGAGAAACAAAAUGUCAGCACAUCCGAUUGCCUUCCCGUGCGCUGCAAACCGUAAACGCAAGAGGAUCCGCCAAGCAAAGUGUAAAACCAACUUUACAGAAAUUGGUGGAUUGUCGACUCAUAUCAAUUUGCUGAAGGAAAUUAUCAUUAUGCCAUUACUGUACGCGGAUUUGUACAAGCAUUUCAAUAUAAAACCGCCUCGCGGUGUACUUUUCUACGGACCUCCUGGAACUGGUAAGACUCUUGUAGCUGGUGCUUUAGCCUCGGAGAUCAGUAAACAAGGCAAUGGUAAAGUCGUAUUUUAUCAUCGAAAUGGCGCCGACGUUCUAGAUAAGUGGGUAGGCGAAUCGGAACGAAAACUGCGCGAGCUGUUCAUAACAGCAAUAAAGACGCGCCCAUCUUUGAUUUUCUUUGACGAGUUAGAUGGUCUUGCACCUGAACGAUCCGUGCGUAACGAUCAAGUGCAUUCGAGUGUUGUGACAACAUUAUUGUCCUUAAUGGACGGGUUAGAAGAUUCUAGUGGAGUCGUGGUCAUCGGCGCGACUAAUAGAAUAGAAUGCAUUGAUCCUGCACUUCGUCGUCCGGGCCGCUUUGACCGCGAAUUAUUCUUUCCUCUUCCUAACACUGCUGCACGAAAAGACAUCCUAGGGGUUCAUACUAAAUCAUGGCUGUGCAAACCCAGCUCUGAUCUUUUAGACCAGCUAGCUGAGUCUACAAGUGGAUGUUGCGGGUCGGACUUGCAGGCGAUUUGCGCCGAGGCGGUUUUGUGUUGUGUGAAACGAAUAUAUCCCAAUAUAAGUCAACAGAUGAACCUUAAUAUGGAUUAUACAUCUUUAAAGGUUACUGAAGAAGAUUUUACAAAAGCGUGUGAAACAAUUGCGCCAUCAAUUCAUCGCUUUGGCGGCUGCAUACAACGCAAACUUACGCCAUUUAUUCGGCCAUUGUUACAAAGACAAGUUGACAAAAUUGUUGGUCAUAUUGAACUCAUCCUUCCGCACUUUUUAAACCCAAAUGAAAAGUACAUACCCUGUGGUAAUAGAUACGCGGGCCGUUUAUUAUUGAAAGGUAACUCCCAGCAAGGACUUAAUAAUUACAUUAUUCCUGCGUUGUUACAACGUUUUGAGCAUUUGCAUGCCUAUGUGUUGGACAAACCUGAAAAUUAUACGCGUGUGAUUUGCAAUGCCUUGCGGUGCUCACCUUCUAUUGUGGUCAUAUCUCGGGCUGAUGACUGGUGGGAUUUGCUUGAUAAUGAAGCACAAGUGUCCAUAAUCUCAAUGUUGGAAGACCUGCACUCUGGUUUGCCCAUAUUAGUAAUUGUUUCAUAUGAUGAGAGGUUGCCAGGCGCUUUACAUGAACAUUUUAUAUACAAAAACUGCAUAUAUGUUGAAAUUGACAAUCCGACGACCGAAGAACGCCGCGCUUUCUUUUCGCCGUUGUUUUACGGUAGGAAUUGUAUGAGUUUAUGGUGUGUCCUGAAGGGUUGCAUUAAAUCAGGAAUGAGACGUGUAGUAAAUGAGAGCGAUAUUAUAAUAAUACCACAAUCAUCCUGCUCAAAGGAUUCCUCGGUAAUCGCUCUGCCAGAAAGACACCAGAUUGGUUUCGCUUCCGGUUUUAUUUGCAAGCGAUCGCAGAUUGAUCGGAGCCAUAUGCGGCGAGAGAACAUAGCACGCAAGAAUCGCCAGAAUUACAUUGCCACUUGGCUGCAGUCGAUAAUAACUCAAACGGCAGACACGCAUUUAAAUCGCUUAGAGACAACACAGCCCAGUUUCAUUAACCGCCUAAGAAAAGAAAUAAAUAAUUCUGAAGUUGUAUGUAAAGUAGCCGACGCAUCAACAAAUAUGAGAAAUCAUAGAGUGAGGACGAAAAUUUCUGCGGGACAUGAAGACAAAAUUUAUGGUUUAUGGAGACGUACUUCUGGCAAUACUGCUAAUCUUCCCAUUGUGCACUUGGAACUUUUAUACGAUGCUUUGCUCGCUUGUAUCUUCAUAAACACUAAUAAUUUUGCUGAUGCUUAUAAUGCUUUGCAAAAAACACUUUCUUCAUUUGAAAAGAUUUAGAUACGAAAAAGAAUCAAGAACCUCUACAUUCCCGCAGAUAUAAGGUGUUCCAUUAAAUCUAUUAAAUUUUAAAUUUAAAAAAAGAUACAUUUUGCUUAGUAUUCUGAUAAUUAGUAUAAUAUAUAAAUUGUUAUAAGUU